ACUCCGGGUCGCCACUGCGGGCCCGGCGCGCGUGCGCGGAGGUGAGCUGGCUGGGGCCGGGCUCGCGUGCGCGGAGCAGGCCUCCAGGACCUGUCCCCACUGCCCGCAGGCACCGCGACCAUGGAUGGGAGGUGGCUACCCUGCUCCCGCCCGCUGGGGCUCUGCCUCCUUGUCUCCUUGGCCACUGCUGCCCUUCUGGGGCAUGUCCUGCUGCACAAUUUCACGAUGGGCCCCCGAGAGCUUCGCGGCUUCUCCCAAGUACCCAAGGAGAUUUACCGAGCUCGCCAGCAGGGAACCAGCGGCCCAGGGUCCCAGCCCACCCCGGGGCGCCAUGGCAGUCCCAGAGCAGCGCCCACACAGUGUGACACGCCCCCCAACAGCCGCUUCGACUGUGCCCCAGACAAGGCCAUCACCCAGGAGCAGUGUGAGGCCCGGGGCUGCUGCUAUGUGCCUGCAAGGCAGUGGCCUCGGGGCUCCCAGAUGGGGCAGCCCUGGUGCUUCUUCCCACCCAGCUACCCGAGUUACAAGCUGGAGAACCUGACCACCACAGAGACGGGCUACACGGCCACCCUAACUCGAGCCACCCCGACCUUCUUCCCCAAGGACAUCCUGACCUUACGGCUGGACGUGCUGGUGGAGACAGAGAGCCGACUCCACUUCACGAUCAAAGAUCCCGCCAACAGGCGCUAUGAGGUGCCUUUGGAGACCCCCCGUGUCCGCGGCCGGGCACCAUCCACUCUCUACAGCGUGGAGUUCUCGGAGGAGCCCUUCGGGGUGGUCGUGCGUCGGAAGCUGGACGGACGGGUGCUGCUGAACACGACGGUGGCACCCCUGUUCUUCGCCGACCAGUUUCUGCAGCUGUCCACCUCCCUGCCGUCCCAGUACAUCACCGGCCUCGCCGAGCACCUCGGCCCCCUGAUGCUCAGCACCAACUGGACCAAGAUCACCCUCUGGAACCGGGACAUCGCCCCCAUGCCCUCUACGAACCUGUACGGGUCCCACCCUUUCUACCUGGUGCUGGAGGAUGGCGGCUUGGCUCACGGGGUCUUCCUGCUGAGCAGCAAUGCCAUGGAUGUGGUCCUGCAGCCGAGCCCGGCCCUCAGCUGGAGGUCAACAGGUGGGAUCUUGGACAUGUACGUCUUCCUGGGCCCGGAGCCCAAGAGCGUGGUGCAGCAGUACCUGGAAGUCGUGGGCUACCCGUUCAUGCCGCCGUACUGGGGCCUGGGCUUCCACCUCUGCCGCUGGGGCUACUCCUCCACCGCCAUCACCCGCCAGGUGGUGGAGAACAUGACCAGGGCCCGCUUCCCCCUGGACGUGCAGUGGAACGACCUGGACUACAUGGACGCCAGGAGAGACUUCACUUUCAACAAGGAUGGCUUCGGGGACUUCCCAGCCAUGGUGCAGGAGCUCCACCAGGGCGGCCGGCGGUACAUGAUGCUCGUCGAUCCUGCCAUCAGCAGCUCCGGCCCGGCCGGGAGCUACCGACCCUACGAUGAGGGUCUGCGGAGGGGGGUUUUCAUCACCAACGAGACCGGGCAGCCGCUAAUUGGGAAGGUGUGGCCCGGGUCCACCGCCUUCCCCGACUUCACCAACCCUGAGGCCCUUGACUGGUGGCAGGACAUGGUGGCCGAGUUCCACGCCCAGGUGCCCUUUGACGGCAUGUGGAUUGACAUGAAUGAGCCAUCCAACUUUGUAAAGGGCUCAGUGGACGGUUGCCCCAACAGCGACCUGGAGAACCCGCCCUACGUCCCAGGGGUGGUUGGCGGGACCCUCCGGGCAGCCACCAUCUGUGCCUCCAGCCGCCAGUUCCUCUCCACGCACUACAACCUGCACAACCUGUACGGCCUGACCGAAGCCUUCGCCUCCCACAGGGCCCUGGUGAAGGCUCGGGGGGUGCGCCCCUUCGUGAUCUCCCGCUCAACCUUCGCUGGCCAUGGCCACUACGCCGGCCACUGGACAGGGGAUGUGUGGAGCAGCUGGGAGCAGCUCUCCUACUCUGUGCCAGAAAUCUUGCUCUUCAACCUGCUGGGGGUGCCCCUGGUCGGGGCCGACAUCUGUGGCUUCCUGGGCAACACCUCGGAGGAGCUGUGCGUGCGCUGGACCCAACUGGGGGCCUUCUACCCCUUCAUGCGGAACCACAACGACCUGAACAGCCUGCCUCAGGAGCCGUACAGCUUCAGCGAGACAGCACAGCAAGCCAUGAGGAAGGCCUUCGCCCUGCGCUACGUGCUGCUGCCCUACCUCUACACGCUGUUCCACGGGGCCCACACCCGGGGCGAGACUGUGGCCCGGCCCCUCUUCCUGGAGUUCCCCGAGGACCCCCGCACCUGGACCGUGGACCGCCAGCUCCUGUGGGGGGAGGCCCUGCUCAUCACCCCGGUGCUCGAGGCCGGGAAGGUUGAAGUGACUGGCUACUUCCCUCCCGGCACAUGGUACAACCUGCAGACGGUACCAGUAGAGGCCCUUGGCAGCCUCCCGCCUCCAGCUCCUAGACCCCACACAUCUGCCAUCCACAGCAGGGGGCAGUGGGUGACACUGCCAGCCCCACUGGACACCAUCAACCUCCACCUCCGGGCUGGGCACAUCAUCCCCCUGCAGGGCCCCGGCCUCACAACCACAGAGUCCCGAAAGCAGCCCAUGGGCCUGGUCGUGGCCCUGACCUCGAGUGGGGAGGCCCAGGGGGAGCUGUUCUGGGACGACGGAGAGAGCCUGGGAGUGCUGCAGCGCGGGGCCUACACACACAUCAUCUUCCUGGCCAGGAACAACACCAUCGUGAACGAGCUGCUGCAUGUGACCAGUGAGGGGGCCAGCCUGCAGCUAAAGAGGGUGAUCGUCCUAGGGGUGGCUGCGGCCCCCCAGCAGGUCCUCUCCAAUGGUGUUCCUGUCUCCAACUUCACCUACAACCCCGACACCAAGAUCCUAGAUAUCCCUGUCUCGCUGACAAUGGGAGAGCAGUUUCUCAUCAGUUGGUCGUAACCAGGGGCUGGUGGUGUGUUGACCCUUUACAGAAUGAUUUCCCAGAAGCCCCAGCACCUGUGUACUCUUAGUCAAGGCAGGUGGGCCUUGGGGUCAGAAGCGCUUACCCCAUGUUGCAUGGCCACAACUUCCCUAACACCCAGAUUUGCUUAUGUGUCUACCUCCUGGGCUCUGGGGCUCUGGGCCAGCAGCCAGCCUUUGACAGCUUUUCUCCCCAGAGCCCACAGUCGGGCCAGUGCCCUGAGGGUUGCCCUGUUAGGAAAGUGAUACUGAUGGUUUGCCUCUCUGUCGUCCGUCACUACCU